GUACGACACUGUGAAUCCCUUCAUAUUAUCGUGCUUCUUGGCGUACUAUCUGCCUGAAUUCCAUUUGACCCUGUACUGUAUUAAAAAUCUCCGACGCGCAAUUGAUUGCUGUGGUCUUCUUGCGACCGUGCCGAAACGAUUCAACCCUGAUGAAUUGCGACAAUCGAUUAUAAUUGAAGCGAAGGCGCAACGAGAGCAAUGCCCUGGCAACCCCUACCUCAGAUCGCAUUCGCUGUCGCAAAUUUUCCCUUCCAAGCUCAGAAUGCAGCGGACCUUCCUCUCGAACUCGGCGAUGAACUCUACAUAAUCGAGCAGGGCGGGAAGAAUGGAGACUGGUUUAGGGGAUACCUCAUUGCGCCGCCGUCUCUGCUGGCUGGCUUGACCAGCGUGAAGGGCCAGACGCUGGAAUCUCGGGUCUUCUCCGGCAUCUUCCCAAGAAGCUGCGUAGAGGUCAGGGAAGUCUUGGGCGAGAGCAGUGAGGAGGAGUUGACAGAGAGCCUCCAACCCAAUGGCUAUCAUGACGAGACUUUGAGCAAGAGCGAAGGCAGCGCGAAUAGCCUGAACAACAUCGCACAGAGGCUCACGAACGGAACGAAGAAUACGAAGAAGAGAAACAGCCUGCGCGACGACCUGCGAAAUGGAACGCUACCACCCGUCGCGCGAGAUACGAAUGCCCCGAAACCUGCAGCUCCCGUCCCCAUGCUGAACAUUGGCGACGAGACACCAACCUCCCUCUCCGAACCGCUCGUGGACGAAAUCGCAUCGUGCCUACGAGAAUGGCACUCGGCGAACCUUCACGAACUGUUACUGUCGAGGCAAUACCCGCUGCUGGAUAUGACGACGAGCCUCGUCCAAGGGCUGGAUAAGUCAAGACAACAACUCUUACACAACGUCUUGACCACCCACGAAGUCGAACAGCUCCGAGAGAAGACAAUAUGGGAUCUGGUGAAGGGGAACAAGCUUGUGAGCGGCGAAGUUAUUGUCAGGAGCCCUACGGAACGGGGCAGGGUCUUGACGGGGGAAGAUUCGGCCGUGGAGAUUACGUCGCUCCAGUCGAUUAUGAGCUGUCUCGAAGAGAAUCCCCAGCAUCAGGUGGAGUCAGUUUCUUUGCAUCACUUGUUGGUAGACGUCAAAGGAUUUGUUGGCGCGUCGACCGAGACGACAACUCUCGUCUUAUACCUGGCGUCCAGAACACAGCAAGCAUUUCCAGCUACCUUAUCGGAAAGCUUCGUGCUCGAGAUUCCUCCCAAUGGAUCACUAGAAAGCCUGGCCGUAGCUCGAGAUAUGAGGACGCUGUUCAUGGACUUGACAUCGGCAGACAUUGGCGACACAAACUCGGCGGACACCGAGGUGUUCCUUAUCGCAAAGGUCCAGCAGAACCAACAGCCACUGUAUGGCAAGCAGCCCGAGUCUCGGUCCGGCAUGGUGUCCCGUGAGAACCUUCCAUCAUCUGUUGGCGAGAAGACAUCAUUAUCUGGAAGUGUUGGGAAAUCAGCUCGCAGAAGCCUGAUGUGGAGGAAGAGCUCUCAGCGGGCCACCCAUUCGCGAAAUUCGCCAGUUUCAAAGAUGAGUUCCGUUGCCGAAAAGGAAGUGGAAAACCCGCCAAAGACUUCAGACUCAAAAACAGGAAAGACGCCUCCACGCACUGCAACUGGAAAGGUUGUCUCUAGGACAGUCGGUGUGGGUGCCUUGAAGCUGAAUUCGAUUAUGAAGCAAGACGCAGAUGUGGAGCAAGUAAUGUCCAUAUGGACACCUUCGGCAGACUUCAAUUCGGAUUCCCAAACUCUGGGCGAAGGUUGGGAUGAAGUCAUUCGGGACCUGCUUGAAAGCAAGACAGGCUGCUAUGAGAAGUCUGCAAAGGCUGAGCGCAUGCAUCUGAACCUUCGUCAUUUUGCCAGUGAAGAUGGAGAGAGUUUAAUCAAGGCUACGCCGACUCUCCUGUCGAAUGUCAGCCGCACGAACAAACUGGGAUUCUCUGGAGCGCCAACGAAGCCGCGAUCCGAUAUUUACGUCACAAUUGACAAGGCGACGAUCCCACGAGGUGCCCUGCUGUCUCGCGCUACUGGUUCCGCCACAGCGCUGUCAACGCAAAUGACUUGCCACAACUUGCAGGUCACCAUGGAAGUCCGACGGGCAACUGGUGAGAGGAUAGAAAAUUGCAUAUAUCCUUCUUCGAAUGACGAACCCGCCAGCUCCUGGCAGUCGACGGUCACGGAGCGUGGCGAGGCAUGGAAUCAGACUAUUAGGUUGGUCGUGCCGCCCCAAGAUGUUCCUGGAUGCCAUCUGGCCAUCCUCGUUUCUGACGCGCCAAACCAACCAUUCGCAAUCUCCCACCUUCCUCUGUGGCACCAGCAGGCGUUUACACGCGAUGGCCACCACUCAUUACUGAUGUACAAGUACGACGAGACGACCACUCACACAUGGCCAGACACGAAUGGCCGGGGAGGCUAUCUUGGAGCACCCUGGAACGCACGUGGCAAAGAUGAUGUUUCCAAGGACGAGGCAAUCACCGGACCGUUGUCAAAGAUGAGAGUACAGACGUAUCUCUGCAGCACUCGAUUUUCGCAAGAUAAAGUUCUACUUGGUCUUUUGAACUGGAAAGAUCAAUCUAUCGGCGAACUGUCGGAUCUCCUCAAACGGCUGGUGUUUGUUCCGGAGAUUGAGAUUGUGAAGCUUCUGAAUGACGUUCUUGACUCCAUGUUUGCAGUUUUGGUUGAGCAUGCUGGCAAUGAUACUUUUGAAGACCUCGUGUUCAAUGCCUUGGUCACUGUCCUUGGAAUCGUCCACGACCGCCGAUUUAAUCUCGGUCCUCUUGUUGACCAUUAUGCGGAGACCCAGUUCAACUAUCCCUUUGCAACUCCUUGUUUGGUCAGAAGUUUUGUUCGCCUUCUUUCGGAUCCAACCGAUGCCGAGUCUUCGAAGCGACUGCGAGCCACAUUCAAGGUUACCCGACAUAUUUUGAAGUUUAUUACGCAUGCGCGAGGGCAACAAAUAGUCAAGGAGGCUGACAUUGGAAUCGCAAACGGUUCUGGAUUCUCGCGGCAGCUCCGAGGGAUUUUCAAGGCCCUGGAUGCGCUCAUGCGUAACACGGCGCCGAUAUUAGUCGGCAGUCAGACGCUGGCUGUGCAGCAUUUCCAGGGCUGGCUGCCUGAGCUGAACGGAUUGCUUACUACGGAGGAAAUUUUGCAUAUUGCGAUCGACUUUAUGGACUCGUGUUCAGCGGUGAAGGGCAAGCUCGUCCUGUACAAGCUAAUUUUGAUCAUCAACUACGCCAAACUCGAACUCUUCUCGCAGCCGGAUCAGAAAGCCGCGUUAGCAACCAACACUGUAAGGUGGAUUGCGCCUCACUGGGGCAAGACUGGAGAGGUUACGUCGCAGUGGCAUGACCAAGUUCGACUUUGCUGCUCUGUCAUGUCGAUCCAGAUUGAGAUGCUUGGUCCUGAAAUCCCUGAUCAUAUUCCCAAGAUUAUCGACUCUUAUCUCGCGAUCCAGAGGGCGCCGAGGCGGCCAAGCAGCCGACUGUCCUUGCUGUUCCCUACUUCAUAUCCAUUCGCAACCAAGCCAAUCGAAGGCAGCAAGCCCGAGUUUGAUGAGGCGCUUGUCGAGCUGUCUGCAAUCUUGUCCGCUAUAUCGAAUCGCCCGCAGGGAAUGCAGCUGGAGUUGGCAGAAGAUGAGAUGUCUACGCUGUUGCAAGAUGCGCUUCGCGUUCAUACGAGCAUUCUGGAGUGUGAGGCGUUCCCGAAAUCUUGGCUGAGCAUACGCAUCUAUCACCACCGAUCUACCAUGAAAACCCUCGAAUAUAUUGCGAAGAUCUUGCUCGAGUCAUUCCUGCCAGACCCGGAAGAAGAGGCUGGCAUGGAUUACAAUACGGAUCUGUGGAAGUCGUUCUUCACGACGCUACUGAAGCUUAUUGGUAGCGAUGCACUCGCGUUGGAGACUUUCCCCGAGCAGAAGAGACGCGCCGUGUGGAAGAUUGCGGGUGAUAUUAGAGAACAGGGAGCUGAGCUCUUACGACGUACUUGGGAAGCCAUUGGCUGGGAAACGACCCCUGAGGAGAAGCAACAUUAUGGGCUGCAGAAGAUUGGUGGUUACCAAGUGCAGUAUGUACCAGGGCUUGUCGGUCCUAUCAUGGAGUUGUGCUUGAGCGUGCACGAAGGUCUACGGCGCGUUGCCGUCGAAGUGCUGCAGACCAUGAUUGCGAGCGAGUGGAAUUUGAGUGAAGACCUCUCAGCGAUACAGAUGGAGAUGAUUGACUCCCUCGACCUGCUCUUCAAGUCGAAGCCCCUCACCGAAAGCAUACUGCAGAAAUUCUUCGUCAAUGAGCUCUUGGAUCUGUUUGAGCCUCUUUCCACAAUGCCAGACGACAACAUGUAUGCCUCGCUGAGCGAUAUGAUUGCGACUAUUGACGAGUUCUUGGAUCUGCUCGUCGCCGUGUACAGUGCGGACAAUGCAAACGAAGCUUCUGCACUCAUCGACCGAUUACGCCUGAUGGACUUCCUCCGGGAUAUGCAGAAAGAGGAGAUAUUCAUCCGUUAUGUUCAUCAACUUUCGGUUGUACAAGCAGAAUCCCGCAACUUUACAGAAGCAGGGCUUGCGUUGCGCCUUCAUGCUGAUCUGUACGAUUGGGAUCCGUUAAAGAUUCUUCCACCCCUAUCGGACCCAGAUUUCCCCGCUCAAAGUGCCUUUGAACGCAAGGAACGCAUCUACUUUGAUAUGAUUCAGCAUUUCGAAGAAGGGGAUGCGUGGAGCAGCGCUCUUGUCGCGUACAAAGAGUUGCGGGAGCAGUAUGAAGAGAACGUGUUUGACUUUUCGAAGCUGGCCAGGACGCAGCGAGCGAUUGGUUCUGUCUAUGAGUGUAUAGCCAAGAGCAACAAACCGAUGGUGAAGUACUUCCUUGUUGCCUAUCGAGGAUUGGGAUUCCCACCUGGCGUGAGAGACAAGGAGUUUGUAUUUGAAGGGGCACCAGCAGAGAAGACGUCGGCCUUCACAGACCACCUGCAGGAACAAUACCCAGGAGCACAGAUUGUCAGCCAACUCGAAUCUGAUGAUGUCGAAGGGCAGUUCCUGAAGGUCUCGUCACUUGGUCCUUACCGAAACCUAGAUCACGCCGUCUUCCAACGAGCCAAGGUGUCUAAUGUGACGAGAGAUUAUCUCUUGUCCGCCCACUGCCAGCAAUUCGCCACGACCGUGUCGCGAAAUACCUCAGGGCCAGUCGAGGAGCAUUUCGCAGAGAAGAUGGUCUACAUCACGGCCGAUCAAUUCCCCACGAUCUCGCGGAGGAGCGAAAUCAUCACUGUGGAGAGGAUACGUCUGUCGCCGCUACAGACUGCUCUCGAGCGGACGGUCCGGAAGACACAAGAAAUGACUUCUGUCGAACGAAAGGCCGCCGAUGGCGACGAAGCUGUAGUUCCUCUUCUUGUCGAAGCAAUCUCCAUCUCUGUAUCACAUUCAUCGGAGUCAUCGAUUGCACGAUACAGAGCCCUUCUUCCGCUCCCUUCGUUUGAUGAGGAUGGCGAGGAGCAAGUGGUCAUACUAUCGCCUCUUCAGAGCGCAUUGAGGAUAGCCCUGAUCGACCAUGCCAUCAUGAUCAAGCGCAUCCUGACUAUGUUCUCGAGAUCCAUGCACCCCACCGUCCGCUACAGACAAGAAGAGCUAACCUCACACUUUGAAUCUACCUUUGGCCCCGAGCUUGUCACCCUCGCGCCGGUCCAGCCGCGUCAGAUAACGCCUGCGCCAACUUCGUCCGUCGCCUCGCCACAACUCGGCUCUGGUAUCCCGAGCCCUCCUCAGCCAUUGCCAAGUCUGAAGCACAGCAGCACGGUGCAGACGACCUCGAGUAUGCCGGAGAGCCCUACACGGCGGAGGGAGCUUGGAAAGCUUAACUUUCUGAACCGACCACCAAAGACGGGGCCGCCCAUAUCGUUCAAGGGGGCACAGGGGAGGAAGGAGAGCAGUGAUGAGGGGUCGUCGAUGCACAGCGGUGUCAGUCGCGGGAAGGAGAACCGCCGCAGUUUCUUUGGGCGUAGCGAUAGCGAGGGGGAUUGGAAUACGGAUACUGCGGAUGGAAGUGGGCUCCGGAGGAGCGAGAGUCAUGGGAGUGAAGGGUUGGACCGACCGACGACGGCGACGAGCGUGGGGAGCAAGGUUGGGAGUGUGAGGAAGCGGCUAAGCAAGCUGAACCUCGGCCGGAAAGGGAGUAGGAAGGAAUUUCGGGCUGGAGUUGUGAUUAGGGAGACGGAAUAGGUGUACUGUAUAUGGGUGGUGACUUUUGGCGCAUAUAGUGUGUACGGACGAGCGAGUCGUCUUAUACCCUCAUUUGUUGUCGGUUUGGGAGGAU